ACAUUGCAGCCUCAGUGUGUUCAGAUUGGUGCGCUGUGCACGAUGUCCCGGAUGGUGCUCGCACCGGAAGAGAAGGGGCAGCUCUCCCAGCCAUCUUGUGGCAGCAUCCAGCGAAUUGUUCGCAUCAAACCUCGUAGAAUCGGAGGUGAAUCCCGUUGAAGGGGCGCCAUCAUGCCCGGACACCUGCAGGAAGGCUUCGGCUGUGUCGUAACCAACCGGUUCGACCAGUUACUGGACGAUGAGUCCGACCCGUUUGAGAUCCUAAAAGCGGCGGAAAACAAGAAGAAGGAGGCGGCCGCCGCUGGCUCCAACAAGACUGCAGCUCAAGCCGCGAAGCAGCCGAAGAAGGAGUCACAGAAGGACAGGAAGAACCCGCUGCUGGACAAGAAGGACGAGCCCCAGGCUCCGGUCCCACUGAAGAAAGAAGGUAUCAGGCGAGUGGGCCGAAGACCAGACCAGCAGGGCCAGCCUGGCUCCCAGAACCAGGGGGGGCAGGGUGAAGGGCGACCUGGAGACAAGAGGCCGGACCGGAGACCUCCUCGCGAGCGGCGCUUUGAGAAGCCGACUGAGGACAAGCCUGAGGGAGGUGGAGAGUUCUCCGUGGACAAGCCUUCUGGAGACAGGCCCCCCAGAGGGCGUGGUGGCGGACGGGGUGGGCGCGGUGGAAGAGGACGGGGCAUGGGCCGGGGAGAGGGCUUCGACUCCCGUGGCAAACGAGACUUCGACAGACACAGCGGCAAUGACAAAUCCAAUCAGAAAAUCGAGGAGAAGCGCAGCGGCUCGCACAACUGGGGCGCCGUGAAGGAUGAACCGAGUGAGGCUGAACCGACUGCUGCUCCAGAGACGACCCCCGAGGGAGAGGAGAGCGCACCUGCUGGCUCUGAGAACAAGGAGAACGAGGUCGAAGAGGUGAAGAACGAAGGCCCAAAAGAGAUGACCCUGGACGAGUGGAAGGCCAUGCAGGACAAGGAGCGCACCAAGGUGGAGUUCAACAUCCGGAAGCCCAACGAGGGGGCCGACAGCCAGUGGAAGAAAGGAUACGUGCUGCACAAGUCCAAGAGUGAAGACAGGCCUGUGGGGGCUUUGAUCGAGGCUGCAGAGACAGAAGUGGAGCCCGCCCCCGUGUUCACCAAGCCGCAGGGCCCCCUCGACGAGUCCAGUGACCACCACUUCCGCAAGCCCGCCAACGACAUCACAUCCCAGCUGGAGAUCAACUUUGGAGACCUGGGCCGCCCCGGCCGCGGGCGUGGCGGGGCUCGUGGAGGCAGGGGAGGCCGAGGAGGAGGAGGAGGCGGGGGUAGUGGAGGUGGAGCUGGAGGGGGUGGCGGCGGCGGCGGCAGGCCGGCACGCGGAGGAGGACGUCCUGAAAAGGCUGGCGGAGUGUCCGUCCCCAACGUGGACGACCCUGAGGCCUUCCCCGCACUGGCCUGAAGGCCCCCCCCUCUUCUACCAGCAGCCCCCCCCCCCCCAUCAGCCCCUUCCGGGCCCCUCCUCUACAAGGCUUGCAUGCUCACCACAUCUUCAAAUAUAUAACUAAAAACAGAGGGAAAAAAAGAUUUUAAAUGACUUAAGAGAGACUGUCAUCCCAUACCACUCGCACCACCAGAGGACUCUAAAUGACCUGUUUUAAAGGAGAACAAAAGGCGGGAAAAGGAGCUCUUGUUACAAUGAAGUUUUGUAUUUAGGAACAUGAAAGCAGGGAUGUUUUCAUUCUUUAUUUUUUUCUUUUCAGAGAUGAUACAUACUUCAUUGAUAUUUGUUGUGCUGCUUAAAUUAAUGAAUUUUUGCGAUUUAGAUUGAAGUGUGUGUAUCUCCCCCCCCCCCCUUCGGAAGCUUUUGUGCUUUUUAUGCCCCUCAUGACUUCAGCUCAGUAUUACGGGGUGAUCUUAGAAAAGACUUUGUACUGGAGGGUUUUCCUCCCAGUAAUACACACUGAUGUGGUAGCACUACACCACAUAGGAAACGUGUUCUAGAUAUCUACUACAUGCUAUUGGAGUAUGGCUUAAACUGCAUUUAAAGUGUCAUCGCUCUGAUUCUGAAUACCCAUCCCCUUUUUUGCAAGGCACAAAUUUUGGAUGGGUAACCAGGCAGUGACUUUAAAAGCUUGGUAAUUUUCUGCUUGUUGUGCAGUGAAGGUAAAUGCCUCUAUUCCAAUUUUUUGAUAGCUUGCCAUUAUUUGGUGGACCAGUGGUUAGUGAUGCUUUGUUGCCCCUGAUCCAGAUGUGCUACCUGUGUUUUCAGGGUGUCCCACGGCCCAAUGUGUAUAUUUUUUUAGGUUGGUCCUCGUAGGUCAUACCGACUGCUAAUGUUACUUCUGGACCACUAAGGAAAUAUUGUAUUUUUGUUGUUAAGGAUAUGUGUGUGGCUGUGAGUGUGUGUGCAAAGAAUGAAUGAGUGAAUUUGACAGCUGGCUACUUAGAAUUGAAGUACUCCUCUCACCUGAGGUAGUUCAUACAGUCUUUUGAGAAGUGAUGGUAAAGAUUUAAAGGCCUGAGUCCACAUAGCGCUUUUUUCUGAGUUCUCCACCUUUUUUCAGCAGUCAUUUCAGUUGUAUUUUAUAAUAUUUACCGAUUAUGCUUUUGGUGGUUUUCCCUUUCCUGUACUGUAUAUACCAUUGGACUGUAGCUUAGUGACAUCAUUACGUAACAGUCGUGCUUCUAUUGGCUAGUGCUCCGACACUUUGUACGUACGUGAUAGGGUAAGGGGCAGGACACCUUUUAGGUGGUUGACCAAUCACAACAGAGCCGGCCAGCUAACCAAUCAGAGCAGACUGGGCUCUGGUUUCAGACAGAGGGUGAAAAGAGGUGCUGCAGUAUGAGAAAGAUAAAGAGCUUAAUAGGGCCCCUAACUGAACCAAAAAGUGGAUUUGUUGGAGCAGCUUGGCAGGUCGGCCUUAACUGUUGCUGCCACUGGCUGAGUGUUGUACUUUAAUAUGUACAACAUCUACGAGUGCUGUACUUUUUCUCAUUAUACAAAUCGUCCUUCUCGCUCUACAGCUGUUAGACCGAGUGCUGAAGCUCAUUCAGCCAAAGUGUGAGAAUUAGUUAUCCAGUCGGUUGUAGUUGUGAAAGAAACAAUAUAUUUCCAGGCAAAAGCAAUAUGUGGACGCGGUGCCCGAGUGAGAAACAUAGACUGUGGACAUAUCUUUGCUCUUAGAGCAUCUCGAAUGUCUUUUGAAGCACUUGGUUUUACCGGCACCAGUUCUCUAAAGAUUGUUUCCCCUCUUCUGUAAACGUUUUAUUUUUAUUUAUUUUUUAUUUAACCAGCACCAAUGCAUAAUUUGUCUGAAACAAAUGCCAUUUUUGGAACAAUCUGGAGCUACAGAAUGUAAUAUAGGCUAACGGAGCUUUAGCCCCUGUGUCAGCAUAUCCACCGAGUGUUUAUAUUUGAGUGAAGCGGGUGUAUUUAACAUUAGGUGGGGGUUAUUAAAAAGGAGAGAAUUGAAAGCUUUACAUGCUGUGCUCUGCAAACACUGGCUGGCUUGAUGCACUGAUACAGACGGCUGGAGCCUUUCUUUCUUUCUGUUUGAGACACAUGACAGUGAAACUUUCUCUGCAAACAUCCCUGUUCUAAUAAAUCGCUUUAGAGGUGUUACAUGUAUUCUGCCAAUGGCUGUUUGGGUUGUUUAAAAUCAUUACUGUGAUUUUAAAGGUGUAAAAAAAAACGUGCUUUGGACUCUCGUCAUUGCUUGAAGCGGCAACCAUCGUAGUGUUAUUUAAGCUUCUAGUUAUUUUCGGUACAACUAACUACAACUGAGGCAUUUUACUAAUACAUCAUCCUUCAUUCCAUGGCUUUAAUGUUGAUGUAUCUUUUAAUUUGUACCGAGAAGAUGUUUAUAAUGUUAAUGUAUAAAAAUUGAUUGGUUAAAUUCACCAGCACCACACACUAUUGCCUCCAGAAUGACCAUAACGUUUUGUCGUAUUACCUGUAAAUGUAACCAUUCUUUGCGUACAGUUACAUAAAAUGAUGUUUUGUCAAUAAUAGUGAGAUUUUUAAACCAAAGUCUUUGAAACAGGCACCGGUGAUAAUGUGCAACAUAAAAAUUGAGGCUGUCCCGAGUAAGAACAUUUUAAACAACAAACUCAAUAAAAGUACUCCAUUAACUGUU